ACAAGCCCCACUCUUCUCCGUAUCAGAAGCGAAUUGGAGUUUGCGCUGGAGGGAGAUGUUUUUGUACCCGUCAAGAAACUAAGUCAGUAGAGGGAACGGAAAGAGUUCACUUUAACAGUCCUAGCAUAAUAACUCAAACACGAGAUUGGAGUUGAACGGUGGGAGUGUACAGUUAUGGAGCUUAUUAAAGAAGAAGCUGCACCGGAGGAUGACAGCAGAGGGCGGCAGAGGGAUGGUCUGACAAGUGUCGUCUCCUCAAAACAAAUGCAAAGAACCCAGUUAGAGAUCUGUCCGGGUUUGGUGUCUGGAGAUGCACAUCUUAUGUGCCGCGGCCGGGAUAGAAGCGACCCGGAGCCCAAGGCUGGCGACGCAGCAAGUGAUGACGGGUUUACUGGGGACAAAUCAAAUAAUAAGAGAGAAUCUGGUUGCACUAGAGUAAACAACGAGGGGCUGUCAGAUGGCCGCCAGGGCAAAAAGAAACACCGGCGGCGACCCUCCAAGAAGAAGCGCCGCUGGAAGCCUUACUUCAAAUUAACCUGGGAGGAGAAGAAAGAGCUAGAUGAACGCGAGACCGCCCGUGCGUCACGGGUGCGCGCUGAAAUGUUCGCCAAAGGUCUGCCCGUUGCCCCAUAUAACACCACACAGUUUCUGAUGGAGGAACACGACCGCGAAGAACCUGACCUCAACACGGAGCUGGGAGGCAGAAAAUCCACGGCGAUCCGCUCCGAUGACACGGCCAGCGAAGAUGAGAAUUUUGAGGUCGAAGAUGAGGAGGAGGAGGAGGGAGCCGUUGGCGGUGGCGGAGGCAGCGACGGUAUGGGCAGACCCGGCCACGCAGGCGGAGAGUUUUUGCAGAGAGACUUUUCUGAGACAUAUGAACGGUACCACGUCGAGACUCUCCAAAAUAUGUCUAAGCAAGAACUGGUCAGGGAAUACCUGGAGCUGGAGAAGUGCAUGUCACGGUUAGAGGAGGAGAACAACUGGCUUCGCCACGGCCGGAGAAAUCCCGAGUCCCCGGUUGACGCCACCAGCGCUCAGCGCUUGCGGGAACUAGAGAUUGAGGUUGAGAGACUGAGAGCCGAGAAUAACGAGUUAUUACUCAAAACCCCCCAAAGUAAAGGUCCUGGACUCAACCAGACGUGCUGAAUUAAUGUUUUAUUUUUGUUGUACACGUCAAAUUGUUGCUCUGUCUUACUGUAAACAGCAUCUCUGUGGUAGCUAAAACCAUCUCAGCCUUUGCCAUCUGAAGUCAAUGUUUUCCCGACAGAAAUUUUUUAUUAAAUAUUUCGUGCGGUCCCACAUAUUUGGUCAGUCCAAAAUAAUAUACGUGAUUUGUACUGUUAAACGGACAAAACGAAUAGCCUACAAUGUUAUGUAAAAUAUAAAAAAAAAAAAAACGGUGAGAAACUACUCUUAAGGUUGGGCGAGUCUUUGUCAUAACAUCACAAAUGACAUCUCAUAUAAUUUCAGUUUUGUUAAUUUACCAUGAUCAUUGAAUAUUUAAAAUUGUAUUUUAUUUAGAAACAACAAACAUGCAGCGCUUCUGAUUCAUAUUUGAUGGCGCGUAUGCUUCAGUGUGUUUAUGCAUGACAAUGCAUGUUUUACCCAAAUAUAUCGUCUAUUAAAUUUUAGAUUUUAGUUCAAAUUUUAUUCAUCUUAUGUUGCAGGUUCUAUUCUCUGUCAGUCUUUACAUGAUAAAAAUGCAAAACUUGGAUUUAUGAGUCAUUUAAAUUUUUUCAAGCAACCAGGUAUUAAUUUUCAAUUGUACUUGCAAAAAUUUUGCAUAUAGAACUAAAAUAACUCAUAUAUUUAAAAUUUAAAUAUCUAAUAAUAAAUGAAUGAAAGUGUGAUGCAUAAGCCUGGAAAUUAUAUCUACUAAAUUAUUAAUUUUGUCAGAAAGGUAGGAAUUUUUUUAAGGAAUAUAAAAUUCAGAUUGAAAAGUAAGUCAAUAUGACCAUGAGAUUCAGAAGGACAAAAUAUUUUGAAAGCAAAUAUGAAAUGCAGUUGUGUUGCAGCCCCUUCAGGACUUGGAUGCCUGUGUUAAUAUGAAUUUUCUAGUACACUUUCUCACUCCGCUCUAAGAUAUAUCACUGGCUUUGUGACUUUACAGAAAGUCUUUAGUCAGAAGUUGUGAUAAGGUAUUUUAUCAAAGCAGUUUGAUCCGGUGUUUAUAUAUAUAUGUAUAUAUAUAUAUGUGUGUGUGUUUAAACUUAUCUCAGUGUAAAACUCAGUCUUGAGUAAUUGUAAUAUCACUAUAGAGAUAUUCCAACUUACAGAGGCUAGCAUCUCAUAUAUACUGAUAAACUCAAAUUCUUG